AUGCCGGUCGAGCAAUCUCAACAAAUCGAGGUUUAUAAACUACUCUUCGAGGCCGGCUUGCUACAGCAUAUUGGCCAAGAUCAGAAACCAGCCGGAAAGCUCCCGGAUACAAUUAUCACUGGGAAAAGCCCACUUAGCAACCCACAAAAGACUAGACUUGGCACGGCGAUUGACGUGGUAUUGACUCACAUAAAGGAGGCAGAAGAUAUCUGGCAGUGGCGUGCUUAUAAAGGAGAGAAUCUACGGGAUCUGUUCGAGCAAAUCAUAGAAUAUGCAAAGAAUGACGGUAGAGGCGAGGAAGCUGAGGAUGCUCUAAAAAGGAUCCAAUCGAUCGCUGGCGACGUACCGCAGCCAUCAACUUUACAGCAUAAGGAAUCAGCAGAAGACACCGCUGGCGAAGAAAACAUCCCUCCUGUGAAAGCAGAAAAUUCUCCCCUACCAACAGGACAAAAGGACCAUAUUUCAAACGUCAAAACAUACACCCCUGCUCCAAAACUGGUUUCCAAGCAAAAUACCAGACACCCAAAUAUGCAUAUCACUAACCAUUUGGGAGGUUUGAAGUUAGAUCGCAAAAACAAGUCUAUCACUCGUACGUGGGCUGAAGCAGGCUACGCGAACCUUGAAAUAGAGAAAGAUGAACAGAGGACCUGCGUCUUAUUUGAGAUAAAAUCGGCACGCCCAAAAAGAAAUAAGAAUGAGCAGACUGAGUAUAUCAGCCGGUAUGGAGUUCAGAGAUAUGAUGCACGAAAUCAAAAGUACUAUGUCACGAUCGUAGACAAAAGUGAGAUCGGAAAGUCCACGGCUGAAGACUGGAAUGAUAUCAACAAUACGGAGACAGAGAUUAAAUUGAUUCAUAUUCCUUCUCUGCAAGACGAACAAGAAGACUAUGGGGAGUUGGUCCAGUUCCACUUCUGUUGUUAUUCAAUACCAAAAAACCGAGAAGCCGGAAAAGCCAAAAGAACACCUCCUGUUUACUCUUGUAUCAGAACUUCGAAGAAACAAGGCUUUCAACUGGUCACAUUGUCAAAGUUCGAGACAAUUGACGCCAAGGCAAGGGAAUAUGUGCGAGUCUCCUACGAAAUAAUUGGCCGGCCGAAUCCGUGGGAGACAAGGUCAAAGAAGGUUAAUGUGGUUGAUCAGGAUUGUCAUGAGCCCAUUGAAGACAGGACGAGAUCUGGGGGGAUUGUUGAAAUCCCCCGAUCGAAGGAUUCGCCGUCCAGUGGUAUGGGAAUGAACAGUACGGGGCUAAAUGAAGAUACUGAAAGCAAAAUACGUCAUCUUAUUCGUAAGGAAGUGACAAUUCAGACUGAAGAACUAGGAAGAAGUAUGGACAACCGGUUUAAGGUCUUCGAAGAUAACAUCAAAGACAUGUUUGAAAGGCUUGUAUCUCCAAGGCAACUUCUUUCUCCGUCGGAAGAUGACUAA